GGGGGGGAAGGGGGAGGAAGGGCCAGAGGGGCGCCCCGCAGGUGAGCCGGGAUCCCCAUGGGGUGCAGGGCCUGCCAGUUGCCAAGGCAUCGAAGGCAGCAUCCUGGGCCCAACUUUCAAUGCAACAUGUGUAGCGUGCUCAGCCUGGCCCCCACCUGAACCCCGGGGGAGCGUUGGCACUGAGCCUCUCGCCUGCUGUGUCCCUCUAGAGCCCGAGUCUGGGCCCCCGGCCCAGCCAUCGCCACUCUCCUCCCCCGACACAACAGGGUCAUGAAAAGGUAAGGCCUGAGGAGCAGGGCAUCAGUGGGGCGGGACCCCGGCCCCGGGAUUGGCCCAGGGGUGGCUCCCGUCUGCUCCGCGACUCCCCCCGCCCCCGCCCCCAGGCCCCCUCUCUCCUGUUGCCCUCUCAUCCCACUCCCCACCUUCUGCCUCCCCUUCCCACUGGGCUGCUUCCCUGUCCCCUGGCCUCAUUUCUCUCUUCUCUCAUUCACUCUCCCUGCGUGUCCUUCGGUCCCCUUCCGUGUUCCGCCUCCCUGGCCGCUCCCGGCUCUCGGGACUCCCGGCCGGCCCUUUUCUUCUCCCCCACCCCUCCCGGCGGCCCCCUCCCCUUCGCGCCCCCAUUUCCCCCUCUGGCCCCGUUUCUCUCCUUCUCCCACCUCGCCCCUCCCUCUUCUUCCAGCGUCCUCCCUCCCUUCCUCCCGCCCUCCCUCGGGUCCGGCUGUCCGCCCGGCCGUCCCCUCUCCCGGUCCUGUCCGCGUUCCCCAGGGCUGUGACUGUGCUGUUAGUACUGCUUCCAAGGCCCUGAAGGUCGUCCAGGCCCCUGGCCCCAUGCCCGGGAUACCCCUUGGACAGGGAAGCGCCCGCGCGGGGCCGCAGCGCGCCAGAACCCCCGUCCCCCUCCGCAUUCCCGGGGCUGGGGUGCCAAGCAGGGUUCACUGUCUGCGGCACCCGCGGCAGACUAACUGCGGCGACGGGCCCCAGCGGAGGAUCCGGGCGUCGGUCCGAGGGGAUGGGGAGCGGGGCGCGGGGCGCGGGGCUCGGGGCAGGGCUGCCCGAGCCCGGGAGCCCUCCUUCCUCCGCAGGGCUGUCGUCGUCGUCGGUGCUAGGCACGGAAUGGGAUGGGGUGGGCGGGCUGGCCGCGCGGCCGUACCCCGGCCCGCUUCAAGGAGAGCCAGGACGGGAGCUGGGCCGGAAGGGCUGGGGGGGGGGGCGCUCCCCUGUGUGGGGAAUGGAAUAGGUCGGACGCCUGGGGCUCUGAAGCUGGCGCCCCUGCCUCAAUGAGCCUGGGGUGGGGGAGCACUGCAUCCUCCUAUUUGUUGAAUGGAGUUGUGCCCGAGAGCCGGGGGUAUGGGUUCCUGGAGACUAGGGGCCCCCAAGAUCUUGGGGUGCAGCCCCCACUUCAGCUGUGUGGCUAGAGGGGGAAGAGGAGCCCAGAUGAGGGGAGAGGAAGGAGUUGGAGGGGGGAUGUUAACCCCACAGGGCUAGGCCACAGCUGUGGGUUAUUUUGGGGUGGAGGCUGGGGGUGCUAUUCUGAGCACUAAUCAAGGCUAAUGACUGCCAGAGAGGAGGAGGAGGAGCUCCCUCUGAGCCCCUGCCCCAGUGCCAGGAAAGGGGGGGGCCUUGGCACCCCGGGAGAGGGUGGGGCCUGGCCAGAAGGCAGGGCCUCCCCUCUCUCUAUCCCUCCCCCCAGCUGUCAAGCCUGCUGCCAUGGCAACCCAUGGGGAUACUGACAGCCAGGAUGGAUUGACAGCCUGCCCUGGCUCAGGGUUCCCCUCUGGGAAGCAGGUGUCCAUGCCCCAGCCCUUUCCCCCUCAGGGAUCCAGGCGUCUGGAACCCCAACCCCUGCCCUUUUGGGGACCCAGGUAUGUGGGCCCCAAACCCCCUACUUAGGGACCCAGGGAUCCAGGCUCCAGCUAGUGCCCUUCGGGGGCCCGGGCACCUGGCUCCCCCCAGCUUCCCGAGGACCCUGAGUCCAGCCAGUGGGCACAGGAAGAGGACUCUGUGUUCCCUCCAAUUUGCUAAAUUGCUCUGGGCCAGCAGCCAGGAUCCCCCCACUCCUCAACUCAGCUCCCAGUUGCCACAGCUGCAUCACCCCACCCUGGGGCCCCCCUCCUCGCCCUCGGCCCAGGGCAGCUGGGACCAGUGUGGGGUGGAGCCUGGGGGAGGGAAGCGGCAGAGAUGGUGGGGGGAGGAUGGAGGGAAGAGCUGGGGAAUGGGGCUGACGGGGGGCUUGGGGAUCAGCCCCACUGACCCUUUCUUCUUUUUUUCUGCCCUUCCUCUUCUUUUCUUCCCUCAUCUCUCCAAUCGUUCUUCCUUUACUUUGCCCUCCAUUCCACUCUGCCCUUCAUCGCUGCCUCGCUGGGGGCUGGGGGGGCUGUCUGUGUCUACACGUCUCUCCUUUCUCCUUUCUCCCUCUCUGUCAAUCUCCCCUGGCCCCCUUGCCUACCUUUAACCCUCUGCCCCUCUCUGGCUGUCCCUGGGGCCCUGCCUUCUGCCCAUGCUUUUCUCUCUCCCUUUGUCCUUCUGCCGGGUCCCUGUAUCCCUAUCUCAUCCCUGUGGCCCUUUCCUUGUUACUCUCCCUUGACCUCUCACUAUGCCCAAUCUUUGGUCACGUCCCCACCUCUGUCCUUGUUCCUCUCUCUGAUGUUCUGAUCUGUGCCACUAUUUCUCUGUCUCUGUCUCUCUCUCCUUCCCUUUCCAACCUUCUUCUGCCUCUCUCUCUCUUUUGGGGUCAUUAGAGGCUGCCCGGCAGGGCCCCCAGGAAAUGCGUGGCCCCCUCGGCCCCCACGGCCCUCUAGGCCCAGCUAACAUGCUCUUGCUGCUGGCCUUGGCUUGUGCCAGCCCCUUCCCUGAGGUGGCUCCCCCACUGGGCAGCAGCAGCAUUGGGGAGCCAGGCACUGGGCGGCCCCUCAAUGUGGCAUUGGUGUUCUCGGGACCAGCCUAUGCAGGGGAGGCAGCCCGUCUGGGCCCUACUGUGGCUGCCGCUGUACGCAGCCCAGGCCUGGAGGUACGACCCGUGGCCUUGGUCCUCAAUGGCACUGACCCGCGCAGCCUCAUGCUUCAGCUGUGUGACCUGCUUUCGGGCCUUCGUGUCCACGGCGUGGUCUUUGAGGAUGAUUCCCGCGCACCAGCUGUCGCCCCCAUCCUUGACUUCCUUUCUGCUCAGACUGCCCUGCCCAUUGUGGCCGUUCAUGGCGGUGCCGCUCUCGUCCUCACGCCCAAGGAGAAGGGCUCCACCUUCCUCCAGCUGGGUUCUUCCACAGAGCAGCAGCUACAAGUCAUCUUUGAGGUGCUGGAAGAGUACGACUGGACGUCCUUUGUGGCAGUGACCACGGCGGCUCCUGGCCACCGGGCCUUCUUGGCUUACAUUGAGGCCCUGACGGAUGGCAGCCUGGUGGGCUGGGAGCACCGGGGAGCACUGACCCUGGAUCCCGGGGCUGGCGAGGAGGUGCUCGGUGCCCGCCUGCGCAGUCUCAGUGCCCAGAUACGCCUUCUUUUCUGCGCCCGAGAGGAAGCAGAGCCGCUGUUUCGUGCAGCAGCUGCUGCUGGCCUUACAGGCCCUGGCUAUGUAUGGUUCAUGGUGGGACCCCAACUGGCGGGUGGUGGAGGAGGGGGAGGGCCUGGGGAACCACCUCUCCUGCCAGGGGGUGCCCCGCUACCUGCGGGGCUCUUUGCAGUCCGGUCAGCUGGCUGGCGGGACGACCUGGCAAAGAGGGUGGCAGCAGGCGUGGCAGUGGUAGCCCGGGGAGCCCAGGCCCUGCUUCGUGACUAUGGGUUCCUGCCUGAGCUGGGGCAUGACUGCCGAGCUCAGAACCGAAGCCAGCGGGGAGAGAGCCUGCACCGGUAUUUUAUGAACAUCACCUGGGACAACCGUGACUACUCCUUCAAUGAAGAUGGCUUCCUGGUGAAUCCUUCCCUUGUGGUCAUCUCUCUCACUAAGGACAGGACCUGGGAGGUGGUGGGGACCUGGGAACAGCAGUCUCUACGGCUCAAGUACCCACUCUGGUCUCGGUAUGGCCGCUUCCUGCAGCCAGUGGAUGACACCCAGCACCUCAUGGUGGCCACUCUGGAGGAACGACCCUUCGUCAUUGUGGAGCCAGCCGACCCCCUCAGUGGCACCUGCAUCCGGGACUCUGUGCCCUGCCGUAGCCAGCUCAACCUCACUCACAGCCCCCCACCCGAUGCCCCCCGGCCGGAAAAGCGCUGCUGUAAAGGUUUCUGUAUAGACAUCCUCAAACGCCUGGCCCAGACCAUCGGCUUCAGCUACGACCUCUACCUCGUCACCAACGGCAAACACGGGAAGAAAAUCGACGGCGUCUGGAAUGGCAUGAUCGGGGAGGUUUUCUACCAGCGGGCAGACAUGGCCAUUGGCUCCCUCACCAUCAACGAAGAGCGAUCCGAAAUCGUAGACUUCUCCGUGCCCUUCGUGGAGACAGGGAUCAGCGUGAUGGUGGCCCGGAGCAAUGGGACGGUGUCGCCUUCUGCCUUUUUGGAGCCCUACAGCCCGGCCGUGUGGGUCAUGAUGUUCGUCAUGUGUCUGACCGUGGUGGCCGUCACCGUGUUCAUCUUCGAGUACCUCAGUCCCGUCGGCUACAACCGCAGCCUGGCCACGGGCAAGCGCCCCGGCGGCUCCACCUUCACCAUCGGCAAGUCCAUCUGGCUGCUCUGGGCCCUGGUCUUCAACAACUCGGUGCCUGUGGAGAACCCGCGCGGGACCACCAGCAAGAUCAUGGUCCUGGUCUGGGCCUUCUUCGCCGUCAUCUUCCUGGCCAGCUACACGGCCAACCUGGCAGCCUUCAUGAUCCAGGAGGAGUACGUGGACACCGUGUCGGGGCUCAGCGACCGCAAGUUCCAGCGGCCCCAGGAGCAAUAUCCGCCCCUGAGGUUCGGGACGGUGCCCAACGGCUCCACCGAGAAGAACAUCCGCAGCAACUACGAGGCCAUGUACAACUACAUGGUGCGCUACAACCAGCCCAGGGUGGAGGAGGCCCUGACGCAGCUCAAGGCCGGGAAACUGGACGCCUUCAUCUACGACGCCGCCGUCCUCAACUACAUGGCCCGGAAGGACGAGGGCUGCAAGCUGGUGACCAUCGGCUCGGGCAAGGUCUUCGCCACCACAGGCUACGGCAUCGCCCUGCAGAAGGGCUCCCGCUGGAAGCGCCCCAUCGACCUGGCUCUCCUACAGUUCCUGGGGGACGAUGAGAUCGAGAUGCUGGAGCGGCUGUGGCUGUCCGGGAUCUGCCACAACGACAAGAUCGAGGUCAUGAGCAGCAAGCUGGACAUCGACAACAUGGCCGGAGUCUUCUACAUGCUGCUCGUGGCCAUGGGCCUCUCGCUGCUGGUCUUCGCUUGGGAGCACCUGGUCUACUGGAGGCUGCGCCACUGCCUCGGCCCCACGCACCACCUGGACUUCCUGCUCGCCUUCUCCAGGGGCAUGUACAGCUGCUGCAGUGCCGAUGCCGCCCCGCCAGCUGCCAAGCCCCCUCCCCCCCAGCCCCUGCCAUUGCCCAGCCCGGCCUACCCCGCUCCUCGUCCAGCCCUGCCUCCCUCGGCCACCGGCCCCUUCCUGCCCCGGGAGCGGGCGGUAGUGGACCGCUGGCGUAGGCCCAAGCCAUCCUCGGGGCCCGGAGCUGGGCCCGUCCCCGUCCCGGUCACCCCCGAAGCUGCAGGCCCCGCUCGGGCCCCACUCCCCGGGGCCUUGGCUGACGGCUUCCACCGCUACUACGGUCCCAUCGAGCCUCAGGGCCUGGGGGAGCCCCGGGCGUCGCGGCCCUCUCGACCCCUGUCCCCGCCGCCCCCGCCCCAGAAGCCGCCCCCCUCUUACUUCGCCAUCGUGCGAGAGAAGGAUGCGGGGGGCCCUGGCGAGCCGGCCCCCGCCCCAUAUGCCGGAUACCCCUCCCCACCGGUCCCCCCUGCUGCUCCCCUCUGUCACCUGGCCUACGAGGACGAGAGCCCCCCUGCUCCGACCCGCUGGCCCCGCUCGGACCCCGAGAGUCAGCCCCUGCUUCGGGGGGCUGGCGGCGGGGGAGGCUCCGCAGCUCCUCCUCCGCCCCCCUGCCGUGCACCGCCCCCUCCCUGCCCCUACCUAGACCUGGAAUUGUCCGACUCGGAUGAUUCUGAGAGCUUGGGGGCCGGCUCGGGGGCCGGGCUUGAGCCCUGGUGGGUGCCCGACUUCUAUCCGUAUGCCGACCGCUUGGGUCGUUACUGGUCCGUUGACAAGCUGGGGGGAUGGCGGGCGGGCAGCUGGGAUUACCUGCCCCCUCGCCCGGGCCCGGCAGCCUGGCAUUGCCGCCACUGUGCCAGCCUGGAGCUGCUCCCUCACCCGCGCCACCUCAGUUGCUCCCAUGACGGUCUGGACGGAGGCUGGUGGGCUCCCCCGCCGCCCCCUCCCCCUCCGUGGGCCGCCGGGCCACCCCGCCGCCGCACCCGUUGCCGCUGCCCCCGGGGCCACCGGGCCCCUCCGCGCCGAUCGGGCCAAGCCUCCCACCGGCGGCGCCACGCGGGGGCCUGGGACCUCCCGCCACCUGCGCCCACUUCCCGUUCCCUGGAGGACCUGAGCUCUUGUCCCCGGGUGGCCCCGGCUCACAGCCGCCAUUCCCGCCGUUGCCCCCACGCUACCCACUGGGGCCCUGUGCCCCGGAGACACCGUGGGGGGGACCUGGGCACCCGCCGUGGCUCUGCCCAUUUCUCCAGCCUCGAGUCUGAGGUAUGACCGACCCUGUCGCCCCCCUCCCCUGGCCUGACACAGAGAAGACGCUCCUGCGACCGAGGGCCUGCGGACGGAUGGACGGAGCCGGGGGCCCUGGGUCCGAGGACCGCAGAUGGCCGGCAGGACGGAGGAAGGAGGAACCGAGGGGCCGCACAUCUAGCACAAUGCGUCCGGGCCACAGACUGAACACCGACGGGACAGAGCCAGGGUGGGGGACCCGAAUGGGGUUCCCUGAGCCCCGAGGGCUUUUUUAACCUGUCAAGGGCUUUUUAAUGUCAAGGGAAUUGGGGGGGUCUGGCUGAGCUCAUGCCCCUCCCCCUUGCCCCAGCCCCAUCUUGUGGGGAUCUACCCCAUCACUGUGCUGCUCCCCGAGCCCCGGACACCACCAGGGACCACCCCCGGGGGAGAGGGGGCUGUUUUUAACCUUCAUCAUUGGGACACAAAACUGUGAGAGCCGCUCGCUAAACUGUGACCCCCAACCCUGAGACUCUGACCCCAAGACUGUGACCCCUGACCCGAGACUGUGACCCCUGACCCCAGACUGUGAGCCUGACCCCUUCUUCCUAGCCUCUGACUCCUGAGACUGUUACCCCUGAGCCCAAGACCGCCCCCAACCCCUGUCUGCCAGACACCUUGGGGUCUCCCCAAAAUGAACUCUGGUCCUCCACGGUCUUUGACCCCUAAUCCUCCACGACCCCCCACUUCCCUUCACUGUACUCCCUCCUAGACAGCCUCCAGACACACGUCCCCCUCCUAACCCCAACCCACCUCCACUGUCCAGCCCCAGAGCCCCGGCCUGGGCCCGAAGCCGCCCAGGCCCACCCUGCCGCAGGAGAGGACUCUGGUGUCCAACCUCCCUGCAUCCAAGUGUUUGGAAUAAACCCAGUUUUUAUGCCUCCUCA